UUGGGACGCGUUGGAAGGGCAGCCGCGGCAGGCGGCAUGGAAAAGCUAUGCCAGCAGUACCAUGCAGAAGACGUCGGCCGCAUACUUCUUCAAGCACAAGAUGAAUUGCGAAGCAUGCGCGAAAAGGUCCACGAGAACAACAACCUGGACGUGAACCAGAUCCAUGCCAUUCUCGAACGAGCAGAGGCCGACUUGCGCGCGAAAGCAGAAAUCGUGCUCAAUGGCGUCGUGAAUAACUCGAUGAAGAUGCUGCCCGCAAUCGACGCCCCAGGUGGUCAAAGGUACCUGUCCAAGUUCUCGUCCAAGCUGGCGCAAAAACGGGACCUCGCCGCGACAAUGGCACGUGAAAAUACAUACGAACCAGGUUCUCCAACGUAUGGCCACGACACGUCCUACCGAGAGCAUCCCAGUUUGAGUGGUCCCAUUGAACCAAUGGAGCGAGAUCGGACUCCAGGACGACGUCCGGUCGGUCGGAUCGUCAAAGCUGGGUCCCUGGUCAAGCAUAAAACCACGAAACCCCGCCGGAUUCUGCCCAAAAUGAACCGCUUGGAUCCGACAGCUCCACCCCCCGCCCUCCUUGACGACGACGCUCGCGGUGGGGUGCACAAUCUUCUCACUCGCGGCUUCUUGCCACCAUCCGUGGACGUCACUCCCGCGUUUACCCACGGCACGAGCGUGAUUCAAAACACCCGAGUAAAAAUAUACGACCGAGCGUCCCAGCCCGUCAAGUCCAUGCCGUACACGAACCCGUCGGGCUUCAACAUGGCGUCACUCAAGUUUGACAUGGUGACACCGACUCCGCCCACCGUCGCAAACGUCCCGAUCAACCAAGGAGGGGACAUUCCUCCGUCCAAGACGUCCAUUCCCACACCGAUCGACAUUACGUUCGACGGGCAUGCGAACAACGCAGUGCCGUUUCGACCAGAGCAACCCAAAGGGGGAAACGACCCGUCGGGAAAGGAUUGUGCGAGUGCGGACGACGGUGCCGGAGGCAACGACUCCACUUCGAUUCACAACUUGCGGCGAAACGUGGAAAAGAUUCGGGGGUACAACGAGCUCCUGGACACGUACAGUUUGCACCAGUUCAUCAUCCGCAAAGGCAAGACGCUGGCCGACACGCCCGAAUUUAUUUCGUUCCAACGGACUACCGAAGACUUGUGGGGCAGCGUGUCGAAAUCGAUCCAGGAACUGGAAGCGAUGCUGACAAACUACUCGGUUCCGUUGGCUUACGUGGAUGGUCAAAAGCUGAUGAAGAUUGCCGCGAUGGACGGGACGGCUCGCGGAACGAUGGAACUUCUGUCGUGCAUUCUCAACAUGGACGAAGUGAGCUCACUCAUGCGACGGCCGGGUCAGCGCUUCAAGGGCAAGUCGGGGCCGGACCUGGCGGCGGUGCUCCUUCAAAGCGUCUGGCGCAUGUACAUCACAAAGAAACGACUCAAGAACCACCACGGCAACGAAGAUGCCGCAGUCAUCCAGCGCAUUUACCGAUCGUAUCGUUGCUUUAGCCAGUUGCAACAACGUCUCAAGUCUGUACGGGAGGCGGAUUUGCGGAUCUGGGAUGCCCAAAUGCAGCGCUUCCGCGCGAAUUGGGACUCGAUCAAGAUGCAGCGUCGAGUCGUCGUUCAUGUGCCGUCGUUUUCGUCCGAGGAACGAACCCGCCUGAAGAUGGAAAAUUUUUCGAUUCAGCAAAACCUCCAAAUGGCGCGCAUGUGUGCGAUCGCAGAUCCGAACGUCGACAUCAUUUACAUUUCGCCAUUCGAGCUGUCUCCCGACAUUCAAAAGUACCAAGUCCGACUCCUCCAACUCGGUGGAAUCGCCGACCCCCAGACGCGCAUCCGCAUGCUGCACCCCGAGAACGUGGACCGGUUUCCAGAGCACUUUUCGUUGACGACCGUGCUCUUGUACUCGCCGCACUGUCUCAAGAAGAUCAAGCGGUUCGUUCGGGGCAAAGAUGCAUACAUUGUGACGGGGAACGUUGGCCCGGAAGACAAGCGGCUCGCCAUUGCACUGCAGCUUCCGCUCCUCGGGAUGGACCCGGACAAGGCUCUGCUCUACGGCACGCGGUCGGGCGGCAAGCGCAUUUUCAUGGCGGCAGACGUGAAUAUUCCCAUGGGGGCGCACGACAUUUACGACGAAGACGAGCUCAUUCAGAGCUUGAGCAAGCUGAUUGCAGCCGAUAUCGACCAGACCGAGUGGCUCAUCAAGAUCGAUGCGGAUCAGUCCAACACUGGCAUUGCCAGCCUCAACGUGGACAAGAUGCAGAGCGUCGCCAAAUUCCGCGCCGAGAAGCGCGAGAUGAAGCACGGGGCCGCCGAAUACUUUCAACAGCCAGACGUCCGCGACGCGGUGUUGCGAAGCGUGUACAGCGAGCUGAACGAGUCGUACUUUGCAGCAAACGUCACGCCGUGCUUUCCUGAAAUGUAUGCGUCCUGGGCGGCGAUGCGGCCGAUCGCACUGCGCGUGGGGGUUGUGAUUGAGGCGUAUCCAAGCAAAGUGCUCAGCCACGUCCGCACUAACAUCUUCAUUGAGCCGUCCGGCGGCGUUCACAUUACGUCUGCGCACGACGUGUUCAUGUGCCCAGUCAACAAGCACUUGCCUCAGUGCGCAGUCUUUCCGCAGUCGUCCGUUCCGUAUCAAGCGAUCCGCGGCGCGUCGUUGGCAAUUGCGAGCUCGAUGUUUAUCAAAGGCAUCAUCGGGUACGCCAGCAUCGAUUACAUCAGCUUCGCCGACCCCAAGGCCAUGGUGAGCGGUCGCCCGCGGCAACGGCUGUGGGCCAUGCAAGUUGUCCCGGGUUUGACCAACACGGCCGUGUCGUUCGUUAUGUUUGCAUUCCUAUCGUGCUCCCAGUUCAACCCCAUCACGGGCAAGAGCCACUUACAAGUCGCACCCGCGCCCGUCGCCACACUCUCGACCGCCAAUGCCCCCAUUACCCCGACCCAACAAGAGAUCGCGACGAUUCUGAGCCCACCGUCGUCCGCGGCAGCUGCGUCGGUGUGUGGACCAGAGCGCACGUACAUGGUCCUCGACUACAUUUACCACCCCAACAUGGCGACGCUGCAGUUUGCGACAUUCUUCAACACAUGCCGCCUCCAUGGCGUCAGCUUCGAUCUCCAGGUGCAGCAUUCUUGAGCGUGAUGGUGAUUGACUCAUGAUGUACGACAGAGGGCGAUUGGGGCGGCGUACAUCCUGGCAGACAGCCUCACAGCAGGCGUCGUUGGUCUCAUAUGCAUUGGCGAAAGCGACAAGGAGGCAUUCCGAAUAGCCCGGCAGGCCGUGGAGCUAAUUGGAGACCAAGUCGGUGUCCAAGCACUGCCGAAUUCUCUGUCUGGCGAACGCCUCGGCAACUUUCCCCAUUUACUCGCCAUUGUGCGCAACAAGAGCGACGAUCCUGCUGCCGCCGACAGGAGAAAGCGGCGAGGGAAGUAAGGUCACACCAACAUGAAACGUCGUUCUCGUUUCUUCACUCCUGUACAUCA